AUGCAGACCAAACAUUUUUUCGACGACCCGAAUCACCUGGUCCAGACAGCUCUCCAUUCCCUGACACUCACAAACCCAUCGCUCGCAUUUGAUUCGAAACACAAGGUUAUUUUCCGUCGCCCGGAUGCAUCCAGGAAAUCCAAGGUGGCCAUUAUUUCAGGUGGAGGUUCCGGUCACGAACCUGCGUUUGCGGGCUACGUCGGCCAUGGGCUCAUGGACGCUUCUGUGGCUGGCAGCAUCUUCGCCUCUCCGUCUGCCGAACAGAUUCGCCAUGCCGCCAUGAACUGCGUCGACAACGAAAAGGGCGUGUUGAUCAUACCUAUGAAUUACACCGGCGACGUCCUCAACUUCGGCAUGGCUGCCGAGAAAUCGCGGGCUGCAGGAGUCAAGACCGAAUUCUUUGCCAUUAAUGAUGACGCGGGCGUCGGCAAGAAGAAGGGCGGAAAAGUUGGCCGUCGCGGUAUCGGUGGUGGCAUCCUCAUCUUGAAGAUCGUCGGGGCCUUGGCCGAGGCUGGUGCAUCGCUCGAAGACGUGCACCGCGUCGCUCAAUUAGCAAACGCUAACCUUGCGUCUGUGGGUUCCUCCCUGGAGCACGUCCAUAUUCCUGGUAGAGGAGUCCCAGAGGAUACCAUUCCUGAUGGGGAAGUGGAGGUUGGCAUGGGCAUUCACAACGAACCGGGAUCCCACCGGAUGAAGUUUUCGCUUCCAGCAGUGAUCAAGACUAUGCUCUUGCAGAUCCUGGAUCACAACGACCCAGACCGCGCUUUCCUGCCUCAUCAGCCAGGCGAUGAGUUCGUGCUGCUCAUCAACAACCUGGGUGGCGUCAGUACCCUCGAGCUCUCGGGUAUUACCGACGAAGUAUACCGCCAGCUGAAGAAAGAUUUCAACAUCAAGCCUGUGCGCAUCAUUCAAGGGACCUUCCUGACCAGUCUCAACGGACUAGGCUUUAGUGUUUCACUACUGAAGCUCGCGGAUACGGGACUGGGUCCUGGCAAGUCUAUGCUCGAGCUCCUCGACGCGCCUGCCGAAGCCGUGGGCUGGUCUGCUCCUAUCCGCACAUCGACAUGGGAUGCGCACCAAUCCGAUGCUUCUGUGGAGGUUAAGAGCACUAAGCUUGCUGAGGACCAACCCAGUAACAUCAAGCUGGACCCAGCCAUCCUCAAGAAAGCCCUCGGAUCCGGACUCAAGCGAGUCAUUGAUGCCGAGGCGCUGGUCACCCGGUACGACACCAUCGUCGGCGACGGCGACUGCGGCGUGGGCCUGAAGCGCGGCGCAGAAGCCGUCCUGUCCCUCCUGGAAGACCCAUCGUCCAACCUGACCGACGACGCCGUCACCGCCGUCAACCGCAUCGUAACCGUCGUGGAGAACACCAUGGACGGCACCUCAGGCGCCAUCUACUCCAUCUUCCUGAACGCGCUCGCGCACGGUCUCCGCGCCCAAGACCAAGGCACCCCAACACCCGCAACUGCCGAGGUCUGGGCCGACGCUCUCAAGUACUCCAUCACCGCGCUGGGGAAGUACACCCCCGCGCAGCCGGGCGAUCGCACCCUGAUCGACGCGCUAGUUCCCUUCUGCAACACGCUGGUCGAAAGGAAGGACGUGCAUGCGGCUGCAAAAGCCGCGCAGAAUGGAACCGAAGCCACCAAGGGCAUGAAGGCGAGUCUCGGACGGAGCGUUUACGUCGGUGGCGAGGAGGAAUGGGUCGGCAAGGUUCCUGACCCUGGUGCGUAUGGGUUGAGCGAGUUCCUGACCGGGCUCGCUGAGGCGUUUUGA